AUGUCACCAUACGGUCGAUGCUCAAGCAAUAGUGCUUGUGGAUGCUUUCCAAUGGCAGGCGCGAGUAACGUUGGUGUCUGUGCUUUUAUGUGGACGUUUUGUGCUGAACUUCAACCAUGCGGGCCUUCGCUGAAUUGUCCAGAUCGGUCCCAUAUAUGCGUUCAUCACAGUCGAUGCGGAGAUGGUCCAAUCUGUUAUCCAGUGUCCAUGAUUGACCGAAGUCUCUGUCCUUCAAUGCAAUCAAUGAUGAAUACUACAAAGACAACAACUGCAAUCACUACACCUGUCACAGGUAUAGAUCCUAUGACCACGAUGAAUACAUAUGAUACCACUGCCCGGAAUAUGUACACAACGUCUACCACGAUUGUAGAUCUCUCGACCAGUGUGGGUAGACACGAUACAACUGACGGGAACGUAUACACAACAGGUAGCAUGAAUAUAAACACGAUGACUAGCAUGGGUAGACAGGAUACAACCGCAGGGAAUAUUUACACAGUAUCGCCCACUACUAUGCACCCGGUCACUAGCAUGGGUAGACAUGAUACAACUGCCGGAAAUUUAUACACUACAUCAUCCACUACUAUACAACCGGUCACUAGCAUGGGUAGACAUGAUACAACUGCCGGACAUAUUUACACUGCAUCGUCCACUACUAUACACCCGGUCACUAGUAUGGGUAGACGCGAUACAACUGACGGGAACGUAUACACAACAGGUAGCAUGAACAUAAACACGAUGACUAGCAUGGGAAGACAUGAUACAACUGCCAGAAAUAUUUACACUACAUCAUCCACUACUAUACACCCGGUCACUAGUAUGGGUAGACGCGAUACAACUGACGGGAACGUAUACACAACAGGUAGCAUGAACAUAAACACGAUGACUAGCAUGGGUAGACAUGAUACAUCCGCGGGAAAUAUGUACACUAGAGAUGUUACAACUACGGACAGCAGGGCUACGAUGAAUAUGGGUGAUACAACUAUGGUUUCACCAUUCGCUUACCGUCAUCCAGAGCUUGAGCGAUAUAUUGCCGAGCACAAACAUGAACGGUUCAUGAUGUUUCCAUUCAAUAACUUAACUGAUCAAGAUAUGGAAAUUGUUGCAAACCAAGCGAUGCGAAAUAACAAGGUACUCAUGGCGCUGAGCAUAAAUUCUAAUCAAAUUGGUGAUAAAGGUGCACAAUACCUCGCUGAGGCUCUACAAAACAAUCCUACAGUCAAAACAUUAUCCUUACAUAUGAAUAAAAUCGGAGACUAUGGUGCCCAGUAUCUUGCUGAUGCUUUACAAAAUAAUACAAUGCUCGAAAGACUAUACCUUUCAUUGAAUAAUAUUGGAAACAUUGGCGCACAAUAUUUAUCGAAUGCAUUAAAAAUCAACACAAGACUCAUAGAACUUUAUCUCUCCAGUAAUAAAAUUUUAGAACAAGGCGCGCAAUCCUUUGCCGAUGCUUUGCGGUAUAAUACAAAGCUGACAACAUUAGAUCUUGCACACAAUAAAAUUGGAGCUCUCGGAACUCGAUAUCUCGCCGACGCAAUCCAACAGAACAAUGUACUCAGAAUUCUUAACUUAGCAGGUAAUCAAAUCGGAAAUGAUGGUGUAGAAUGCCUUGUCGAUAUUCUACAAAAUGGCACAACGUUAAAUGUAUUGGACAUCUCUUGGAAUGAAAUUGGUGAUCUAGGAGCACAAUAUCUUGCUGGUGCCCUAGAAAAUAACGUGGAACUCCAAAGAUUACAUAUUGGCUAUAAUAAAAUCGGACCCAAUGGUGCCGAAUACCUUGCUCAUGGUUUGCAAAAUAAUACGAUUCUAAGGUCAUUAGCUCUCGAAAAUAAUAACAUUACAUCACUUGGAGCAAAGUAUUUCGCUGACAUUAUACGACAAGACACGAUGCUCAAUACGCUUGUAUUGUCAAGUAAUAACAUCGGUGCAGAGGGCGCACAACAUCUUGCUGAUGCACUACAAAAUAAUACAAUGAUGCAAACACUAUUACUCUCAUUGAACAAUAUUGGGGACAGCGGCGCACAAUAUUUCGCUGAUGCUUUAAAAAUAAACGCAGGGCUCACUCAGCUGUAUCUUUCCAGAAAUGGAAUCACAGACAAAGGUGCACAACAUCUUACUGAUGCUUUACAACACAACAAAGUAAUUCGCUUGUUGGAUCUGAUGUAUAACCAAAACAUUUCAUCACCAGUUAAACAACAAUUGAAAGAAAAGGAUCAGCGACUUUCUUUUAAUUGA